AUGUCCGCCUGGAGUUCCAGUACGGUUUGUCUGAAUUCGGGCAACAGUAUUGGUAAAAGCAACACGGACACGAGAAUUAAUAGAAUUAGAGGUCUCAAUCACCAUUCCCAUAACGCAUUUGGUUUCCAGCACAGACUAAUGUCGAUGUCCGGCGAGGAGAUCCACAAUCGCCGCUACCUGUCGUGGCGGAAGCUCCAACUAGCCAGGGCGAAAUUGAAGGCUUCGAGUAAAACCUCGGCGCUGCUGUCGGGCUUCGCUAUGGUCGCCAUGGUGGAAUUGCAAUUGAAUACUCCGGAGAAGAUACCUGAAGGGGUCUUGGUCGCCUUCACGGUGAUCACUACUCUACUAGUAGCAGUCCACAUGCUGGCUCUGAUGAUCAGCACGUGCAUCCUACCCAACAUCGAGGCCAUUUGUAACUUAGAGUCGAUCAAUUUAGUGGAUGAGUCUCCACACGAAAGGCUCCAUUGGUACAUAGAAACGGCUUGGGCGUUCUCUACUCUGCUGGGGCUCCUGUUAUUUCUAGCUGAAAUAGCAAUUUUAUGUUGGGUGAAGUUUAUAGACACGAACGAGAAGGCCGCAUGGUCCGCGACUGUUAUUCUAGUGCCUGUUCUGUUCAUUUUCCUGGCGUUCGCCAUACAUUUUUACAGGUCGCUGGUUACUCACAAAUACGAGACCACUUUGUCUGGUAUUCGGGAGCUGGAGAUGCUCAAGGAGCAAAUCGAACAGGGGCAGGUGCCCCAAAACAGGAACGGGGUGGGGGAUUUGAUACAAUCGAUACAUAGGGUUUGA